UGGAAAGAUCGCGAUGUUGCGACUGCCGGCGCUUGAUCGGACGGCGGCCACAUCCAUCGUCCUAGGAAUCAUCUGCAUCCUGUUGGGCACGUAUGGACUGGUCUGCCAUGCACAUGCAGCGAUGUGCCCUGCACAAACCUCCGCCAUCGGAGCCAUCCUCGCCGGCGUUGGGUUCGGUACGUUGCUUCCGAUCGUCGGGUGUUUGUCCGCGUACGUUAUGGACAGCCGUUCAGAGGAAACGCAGCCACUUCUCGGGUCGUCGUCGCCGUCCGGUGGCCGUUCGUCGGCUGCAGCAAUCUCUCCACGGAUUUAUAUCUAUCUGGCGACCGCAUGUGGCAGUUUGCCGUGCCUCUGUUGCUCACCCGGUUCUUUCCCACGACACUGCUACCGAACGUCCUGUUUCAGCUCGUCGUGUACAUCUUUCUCAUCGUGACCAUGCCGCAUGUGGGCGCAUUUGUCGAUCGAACGAAUCGAUGGCAUGUCCUUCGUACUGGCAUCGUCGGGAUGACCAGCAUGAUGGUGGUCAGUGCCACCGCACUCGUCGCGGCUACCGUCCUCCACCCUAACCCCAACGACAUAGCCCCCUCUAACCCAGUAGCCAAUACUACUACCGACGCCACUGUCCAAUUCGCGCCCAUCUUCGCGUCGAGCUUGAACUUUGCUGGCACUCCGUGGCCUCUGUACACCGCGGUUGCCGUUGCCGUUGUCGCGAGUGCCGUGGGCCAAAUGUUCAACGAUAUGCAAACGUUGGCCCUAGAAAAGGACUGGGUCAUCGAGCUAGCCACCGCCACGGACACGUCGCUGGCGUCGUGGAACACUGCGCUACUUCGCAUCGACAUGGCAACUCGAAUUCUGUCGCCCAUGGCGUUUGCCUUCCAAAUGGAUGUGCUGCAAAACGUCAUCUCAUAUACAGGUCAAGUGUUUGUGCUCGUGGCCAGUGUCGCAGGGUGGAACCUCCUGCUCGCGCCGCUCGUGUUGGCCACAGGCCACGACCUGUACGACCUCUGCCCGUCGCUCGGCAACAAGAAAACCCACCGCCAACGACACGCACAACCCCCUCAAACUCGUUCUUCCACAACUGCUAUGUGGAAACUCUACUUGCACCACCCGACAGCCCUCGUCAGCUUAUCGUUUUGCUUGCUUUACCUGACCGUUCUCAAAGAGAACGCACUCAGCACGGCGUACCUGUUAUGGCACGGCACGUCCGCCGCGACCGUUGGGUGGAGUAUGGGCAGCGGCGCGUACUGUGGCGUGAUGGCGUCGGUAGUGUAUCCGUGGCUGCUGCAGCGAUGGGAGUAUGCUGAAACGGUCGCUGUGGCCUCGGUGUGGCUAUACGCAGCGUUCUUGACCCCCGCUUUGUGUGUCGUAUGGUGGCCGGGUGCCGACAAUGUCGUGCUCAUGAUCGUGAUUGCCACGUCACAGUUCUGGCUCUGGACGACGACUUUAGCCGAGACCCAGAUCAUGCAAGAGUGGGUGCAGCCCCACCAGCGAGGCAUGAUUAAUGCGAUGCAGCACACGGCCAACAAGGGUUUCUACGUGGCGCUUCUUCUAUUAGGCGUCGUGUUCGCCGACCCUCACUCGUUUCGAACGUUGGUUCUCGUGUCCGUGGUGGCCACGACCGUCGCGGCCACUGGCUUUUCCGUGUGGUACUGCCGCCAUCGUUAACAGUUAACAAGAACGUCAUGGUUGGAGAAGGAUACAUCAUGACGUCCUUCAUCUUGAG